GUAAAAAUAAAGUUACUCGUGAAUGGAAAUAUGGAAUGACCAAAAUUUUGUUUUAUUUUGUACUACAACGUCUGUGAGCAGGCUAAUUUUUUAUACGAUCUCAUAAUGUUCUAUAUAAUUUUGAUGCUGAUUGUGCUUGCUAUUAUUUGUAUUCCGCUGAUAUUCUGGUUUCCUCCUUGCAAGAAGAUUGACAGCCUCUCCAAAUUACAUAUUGUUGUAAGUUUUAAUACUCGAGAUAUUAAAUAGUCAUAAUACUAGGUCAUAGUCAGAUGGGCUGGGUUUGCAUCCGGAAAUGAACAGUAGCAAAUAAAAAUCUCAUUUGUCAAUAGCAGUGUUUGUCACAAGCAUGAAAGUUCCAUGCUAACAGCAAUUUUUUUAUCUGUGACUGUUUAUUCUUAACCCUUUAGGGGCCAUUCCAUUUAUAAAUCUGCACUCCCCCCUCCCCCCCCCCCCUUAUACACAAGAAUUUUAUUGAACUCAUCCAUUGGAGGGGGGGGGGGGGUGUACAUUAAAUGGAAUAGCCCUUAAGUGCCAAUUCGCCCUGAUGCGCCUUACUGUAUUAUUUUACUCUAUCUAACACCAGGUAAUUAUACUCACUGGACGAUUUUACUGUCAAGGGGAGAGCGCUGUUACUCAACGGAUUUUGUGUACAUCGUUCUUGCCGAUCGGUGAUCACCUGUUAUUUCAAGUCCUGAUGUUGAAACUUUUUCGUGAAGAAUUUCAGUGGCAGCUUGAUCUGACUAAACUUCACAUUCUGGUCUACUAUUAGAGACUAGUUUUAUUCCAUGAGAACAGAGGGUAAAGUUUUUAUUUGUGUUCAGAUUACAGGAGGGUCCAGUGGUAUUGGUAAAGCACUAGCUAUGGAAGCUGUCAAGAGGCAAGCUGAUGUCUCGUUACUUGCCAGAAAUAAGGUUUGUUUAAAUUAAUAUAAGCUUUGUGACAGGGACAGUGAAAGGGUAGGUAAUAUGGCUUUAACCCUUUAAGUGGCAAUGCACCCUACUUUAGUACUUUACUCUGUCUAAUGCCAGACAAUUUUACUUGUCAAGUGGAGUGUGCUGCCAUGCAUCCUCUUAACCCUUUAAGUGGCAAUGCGCCCUACUUUAGUAUUUUACUUUGUCUAAUGCCAGAGUAUUUUACUCUGUCUAACGCCAGACGAUUUUACUUGUCAAGUGGAGAGAGCUGCCGCUCAAUGGGUUAAUAAUAGGUCACUGUGUUUUUAGACAAAGUUGGAAAAUGCAAGGAAAGAAGUUGAAGAAUACAAAAUACUUGAGAAUCAAGAAAUAAAUACAUUUUGUGCUGACGUGACUGACUACAAUCAACUUUCAAAUGUGUUGUCAGAGGUUGGAGUUCAUGUCUUUUUCGAUUAUAAUUCUGAUAGAGCUAUUCAGUAUCAAUAAAGUUAGUUUAGUUUACCUUGAAGUUCCUUGAUUGUGUAGUAACACUGGAUCAAUUAAGAGAUGCUCCUUACUGGACCUCUAGGAAGAACAGUUUAGAACUGAUAGAGCUAUCCAGUAUAAAUAAAGUUAGUUUAGUUUAGGUUUCCUCCUGUAGUAACACUGGCCUCAAUAAGAGAUGAUCCUUAUUGAACCUCUAGGAAGAACAGUUUAGAACUAAUAGAGCUAUCCAGUAUAAAUAAAGUUAGUUUAGUUUAGAUUUCCUCCUGUAGUAACACUGGAUCAAUAAGAGAUGAUCCUUACUGGACCUCUAGGAAGAACAGUUUAGAACUGAUAGAGCUAUCCAGUAUAAAUAAAGUUAGUUUAGUUUAGGUUUCCUCUUGUAGUAACACUGGGUCAAUAAGAGAUGAUCCUUACUGCCUCUAAGAAGAACAGUUUAGAACUGAUAGAGCUAUAUCCAGUAUAAAUAAAGUUAGUUUAGUUUAGGUUCCUGUAGUAACACUGGAUCAAUAAGAGAUGAUCCUUACUGGACCUCUAGGAAGAAAAGUUUCUCUUAUGAUAACACUCGGAACCAACAUUAAAUUAACAUAGCUACUUUGAUCCAAUUAACCAGAAUAAAUGAGGAUAGUUUUCUUCUUCAUAAUCUCAAGGUUGGAUCAGUUGACAUUCUCAUUAAUUGCGCUGGUAUGGCCAAAGCUGAAUUGUUUGAAGAUAACCUUUCAACUUACAAGGUGUGGUGCCGGUAAUUUAUAUCUUUCCAUAUUAUUAAGAUCAUGAUGUCAUCUGGAAUAUCAACAGCUAGUUGUUAUAUUCAAUAACAGUUUCAUAAUUACGCUAAUUGAUGGACAUGAAAUUAUACUUUUAAAUUAUACUUUUAAAUUAAUUGCCUCAAAUGUGUUUUACCAAUUUUUAGCAACUGAUGGAUUUAAAUUAUUUUGGAUCUGUCAAUGCAACCUUCUCUCUCUUACCGAAAAUGAAAGCAAAGCGUUUUGGUCAUAUUGUUUUUGUUUCAUCCAUGGCAGGUCAGGUACGUAUAUGUAGCACAAAAAUAACCUAACAAUGUCAUGUUCACAUUUUAAUUACAUUCCUAAUAAUAUAAAUGAAAAAAUUUCUCAAUUCUGAUUUUUCGAGAUACGGUAACAAAAAAUGUAAUACAGUGUAAAAAAAAAAGAAAUACAGUGUAAAUUUAAUUGACUAUUUAGGCUUUCUGAUUGGCUUAUAAAGUAUGAAACAAUAUAAUAAAGAUAUUAGCCAAUAAGAUACAGCAAUUUUCAACAGAAAUAAUACAAAAAAACAAACAUUUAGCAUGACUGCAUAAUUUUUAAUGUCUAAACCAGGGCUUGAAUUUUAUCGCGGCCGUAGAGGGAGAACAAAAUGCUGUGGAUCAUUGCGGCAACGACAGCAAUUUUUUGCCGUAUAGUGCAAUUUUUAUACUAUUCACUGUGGAUUACUAUUUUGAUACUUGAAUUCAGAUGUUGAUCAAAUCAAGCGUAAGUCACUAUUUUAGUCUCAGUUUUCUUCGAAAAAAAAAACACGUCUAGACAUGUUUCUAGCUUGUCAAAAAUCCAAAGUAACAAUAAAAUUAAAGUUUUUAUUACAGUAAUAUGAAAAAUGCCGUGGAAACUGUCAAAAUUGCCGUAGACAGCUGUUACGUUCUAAGGCAAUUUUUAACGCCAUUGCCGUCGAUUGAUUUCAGGGAAAUUCUAGGCCUGGUCUAAACUCUUGUUUUCUUAUUUUCUAGCUUGGUAUAUUUGGUUAUGCUGGUUACUCCGCAUCCAAGUUUGCCCUUCGUGGCCUGGCCGAGACACUUCUCAUGGAGGUAUGGCAUUAUAGGGAAGAUUUAAGCUGCCUAUUAAUUGGAAAAAAUCAAAAUAUUUAAUGAUACCUUGACGCUCGCCUUGCUUCCCAACCAUAACAACAGAGAGUUACAAAAAUGUUAACUCUCUCCAGUGCACGAAGCAGAGAAAAAAUACGGCCUGCGAAUCUAAAUUUUUUGGCAGGUGAAAUAAAUUUUAGCCUGCCAUUUUUAUUCAUUGAACUGCCAAAAUGGCGAUGUCUCAUGCUUUAAUGCUUUAAUGAAAUACUCCUAAAACAGUAUUAUACUACACUAGGAGGAGUUAUAUCUACUGAAAAACUAGAUAAUAUUUAUAUUUAUUUACAAGAAAUUAGUCUUCAUAAUCACUGUAUGACACAUAUAUUAGGCGGUGAUUAUAGAAUUAUGUUGUUAUAUGUUAUUAACAACAACAAUGGCAAAAGCGACAAACGACAAUAACAACAACGACAACAACUCUAAGACUACAAAACGAACAUAUAGUACAAUACAAACGAUUCAAAACGAUACUAAUUAGCUACAUUAAGUGACUUAAUUGAAGGCAUGGCAAGUGUUUUGAAACUUGGGGUUGAUUGGCAAAGAUUGUUAAAUGGGAUGUGAUUCCAGGUAACGAUUGGAGUAUAUGAGUCAUAUGAGUCAUAGUGUAACAAUUAACAAAUAUAAAACAUUUUCCGUGUUGAUAUACAGUUAUAUCAACACGAGUGGAAAUUGGGAAAACGAGAAAUUGUGUGGAAACACGACGCCCGAAGGGCGGAGUGUUUUCACACAAUUUCGAGUUUUCCCAAUUUCCACGAGUGUUGAUAUAACUCUAUAUCAUUACGGAAAAAAUGUUUUAUAUUUGUUUUAUAAUAUAGCACAAAGAAAGAAAUUUUCCAACGUUUCCGUGUUGACAUUGAGUUACAUCAACACGGCUCUUAGCCAAUCAGCGUUCAGAAUUUACAAAUGCUAUAUUAUAAUCAAUGUUGUCAUGAUAUGCAUUUUUAUUAUAAAUGUGUCUAUUUUACUACAGUAAACUAAACUAGUAUAUGAUCUAGUAUACAUGAGUUCUGGUAAGCAAAUGAAAAUAUGAAAUAUAUUUAUAGAAUUUUACCUGCCAUUACGUUUUGAUGGAAAAGAGUUAUCAUGGCAAAUUUAAAUUUCCCAUAUUAGUUGCAAGAAAUCAAUCAUGGGGAGAGUUAAGAAAUUGGGUGUGUUCGUUGGAAAGGGUGGACGCGACUGUAAUUCUCCGAAAUCUUAACUCUCUCUAAAAUCUUUCCACGUUGUACCAGGUUCGUCCUUAUGGUAUUGGCGUUUCUGUCGCAUUUCCACCCGAUACAGAGACACCUGGAUUUAAAGAAGAAAAUAAAGAUAAGGUGAUAUAUGAAACUACAGGAAUCCUGUUUGAUAUAGCGUCUGUACAAGAAAUAUUUUUGCUGUGUUUGUUGUUUGUAGCCAGAAGAAACUCGGUUAGUCAGUGCCUCUGCUGGAGUUUUUUCACCCUCGACUGUCGCUAAAGAUAUCCUUGAUGGUGUCCAGGUAGAAAUCUGAGGUUUAUAUAUGUUUGUAGUAAAUGUUUGCACGGUAACAGUUUCUCGUGUGUACUAGUUUCAUAUUAAUCUGACACUGCAAUCGAGCAACGAAAAAUUCGUUGGCUCGAGCGGGAUUUGAACUCGCAUCUUCGGGUAUCUAGACCGCUGCUCUACCUAUUGAGCUAUCGAGUCAACAGGGAUUGGUAGCGAGUCUUAUCCAAUUUAAGUGCACGAAAUAUUUUCGUGACGACUUAACGCUUGUCUUAGAGGACGCGCAGUGUUUCAAUUCUAUUUCAUGAUGAAACUAGAUGAAAUCGUAUCUCUGACGAUGGAUCUGAAAUAUAAUUGAAACACUACGCGUCCUCUAAGACAAGCGUUAAGUCGUCACGAGUUCAAAUCCCGCUCGAGCCAACGAAUUUUUCGUUGCUCGAUUGCAGUGUCAGAUUAAUAUGAAACUAGUUUUUCGUAUCUCUCGUGUGUACGGCCAACAACCUUUCCUUCACUAGUUUCUCUUGGCAAGUUUUGUUACCUCGCGUACACGGAGUGUUGCACGUGAAACAUUUAUCUCACUUCAAGGGACCGGUCAUAAAGUAACUGCUAGGGUGCAUGGGCUGGAGUGAUUUGGGAUGGGCCAUGGAAAAUCUUUGGGCAGUUUCGAUGGGCCUCCAAUUUUUUUGUAUGUCCACGGUUGGGUCACCAAACAAAAACCCAUGCAUGUCUACUUCAAAAAAUAAAGAUAUUAAUAAUAAAAGUAAACAAAACUAUCCAAAUUAUCAAGUGCAAAUGAUGCUAUUGAAGCCAGUACUUAAUUGUUUAUACAACAACAAGAAGUAGUCGAGUCGCAGCAAAUACAACCAACUGGAGAGCAGCUCAGUCGUAUCGUAAUUCGUGAUGAAUGUGUUGGUCAAGCUUGGUGGAAUUAUGUAUGUCAAUAUAGUGCCGGUGUAUAUUUACAAUGUUCAUAUACCUGCAAGUUUUUUUUUGUUAUAAAAGUGUAUUUUCCCAAUUUAGAUUGGGUGGGUCAUGAAAUUUUUUUGUAAGAUUAGAUGGGCUUUGAAAUUUUUAUCUACAUCCUAAGAUGGGUCACCAAACUUAUUGGCAAAAUUUGUAACUUACCUCCAGCCCACCCUAGCAGUUACUUUAUGACCAGUCCCCAAGGCCGUCUUUUGUUUGCCAAAACCAGUAAACCACAGAAGUAUUUCUUGAACACUUGUCAAGUUUUCCUUGGCGGUCGUAGACACGAACAAAUCUUCCUUGUCCAAAAGCUGGCACGACUAGCUUUGAAACAAGGUUCCUUGGCGAGGAAAAAUUGUCAACUUUUUGCCGUACACACAUGUUGUAUUUCCGUUCAGGGUGGAAAAUAUCUUAUUUCGAGCGGAAUGGAUGGAUACCUUUUAAACAUGUUAACUUGUGGAGCGAGUCCCGCAUCUUCUCGUCUUGAGCUACUCAUGCAGGUAUUU